GAAUUUCAUUCACAUUCAACAGUUAUAUUCAAAUAACUUCUAAACUAGUAAUUAAUACUAAAACUCAAUAGAAAUGAAUACUUAUAUCGUAUUAAGUCUGCUGUUUGUGGGCCUAAACGCCUUUCCGAUGACAACCCCCGACUCAGACUCUGUGGGCGACGUCAAGGAUGUCGACCCAAACCAACCCGAAGUGAAAGAGGCCAUCAGUUUUGCAUUUAAUGUGAUCCACAGCUCCAUAGACUCCACUCAUGCCAUCGCAAUGGGAAAGGUAUUGAAGGCUCAGUCGCAAGUAGUAUCCGGUGAAAAGUUUUACAUAACCCUUGAAGUCAAUGAAACCGAUUGCGCCAAACAUGUCACUGACUUGAAGCCGUGUAAAGUUAUUAGGAGUGAAGUCUGCACUUCAGUGGUAUUGUCUCGUCAUUGGGAUCCGACCGAUAAAAAUCAAAUUCUGUCCUUCAGUUGCAACGGAAUCUGA